UCAUCACGCCAGUCUCCAUCCUCAGGUCACCCCACGCCGCUUAAGACACAGACAGAGCUACAAGUCUGCCGUCUCUUAUGAUGAAGAUGAGGAGGAAGAGGAGGAGGUUCCAAUGAGGCGAGGUUCAGCAGGAGGAGUGUGGCCCCUGAGCGCUCCUCUCGGUGAUAAGGGGAGGGCCAUGUUUGCCUCCUCGCCGUGCAUCCUAGACCAGCCUGCUCCUCCCUCUGUCUCCUCCUCCUCCUCUUCAUCAGAAAGGAACCACCCGAAGAUUUACAUCCAGGAUGUGAAAGGGGAAGUGCUGCCCCCCGGUGGCCCAGGCUGGGGCCUGGAGUCAGGAGUGGGGCAGAGAGGACAGUUGGCCGGGCCUGGGCUGGAACCUGGAUUUGUUCUGGGGGAGUCCACCAGACGCAGCCUGCCUCUAGAGGCGGAGCGAUACGUGGAGCCUCACGGCGAUGUCCACAAGGGCCGCAGAUACUCGCAGCCUGCGGGUGUCCAACCAGGGCCCAGAGAGGGGCCCAGAGAGGGGCCCAGACAGGGGCCGGAUCCAAACCAAAGGACGUGGCUGUCGUCCAGCCACAGCAGCAUCUUCUCCCCCUCGUCUGACGCAGGCGUCUCCAGCAGCGACGGCUCCCCCGGAGGACCGGGGUGGAACAGCGAGUAUCUACAGGCCAGAACAGGUACGACUGGAGGCAAGGCCAAAAUCCAGGAAGUACUGCAGCGCGCCCAGAGGACCAAACCCCAGUCUGUGACACAUGAUGCUGACAGUAAGACCACGGCGCCUUGGCAUCACUCUACAGGCCAUCUCCAUGACGACCAGGAGUCUAAAGCUCCUUUGUCACCAUUCCAUCACUCAGCUGACCAUCUCCAUGACAACCAGGAGCCCACAGCUCGUGUGUUGCCGUGGCACCACUCCACAGGUGAUCUCUGCGACGACUGCGAGGACGCAGAGUCGAGUGAAGGCUCCACCUCCACACCGCCGCCACGACUGCGUCCGACGGUCGCCAGGCACCUCAGCAGCCAGUUGAGGAGCAGGAUGUGCCGCAGCCUGGGAGCCGACCUCGACCAGGUCCUGCAGGGGGAGACGAGGGGGGGAGGAAGUGAGGCGGCCCGUCUGAACCGCCUCCACCUGAUCUCGUCCUCGCUCAGCCUUCACCACAACCUGUCAUCCUCUUCGCUGUCGUCCUGCUCCACGCCGCCUCGCUGCCGCAGCCUCGCCGACAUGAUCGAGGGGGUGGAGGGGAAAGGGAGGAGGAGCCUCCCCGCCGCCUCCGCUUCCACUGCUCAUCAUGAAGGCUCCAGUAGGCAGUCUCUGGUUCCUCUGGAGCCCAAGGAGCACGCCUGGCUGGUGAAGGGGGCGGCGGGUGCCUGGCCCGACAUCUACUCGCUGUUCAGAGAGGACUCGUCCCUGCUCAACAGACGAGACUUCAUCUCCGGGUUCACGGUGCUGCACUGGAUCGCCAAACACGGUGACCACAGAGUCCUCAACACUUUAUGGUAUGGAGUUGAAAAGGCUGGUUUGACCUUCGACAUAAACGCCAGGUCAACAUGCGGCCACACGCCUCUCCACAUUGCCGCCAUCCAUGGCCACAAGAGCAUAAUGCGGUUGCUGGUAAGCAAGUUCAAUGCCGAUGUGAAGCUGAGGGACACGGCGGGAAAAAAGCCCUGGCAGUACCUGAGCCAGGCCGCGCCGUCUGAAGUCUUCCAGCUGCUGGGGGCUCCUUUGCGGGCUGCUGGGAGAGGAGAGGGAGGAGUCGAGGGAGUAGACUCCAGCUGGAAACCAGAACAGCAGCAACGGCGCCGGCGCCGGCAUCACUUUUCUACGGCUUCCUCGGGGCAGAGGCCGCUGACCAGCACGACGAAGGUCAAAAGGUCAACGUCGAUCGCUGCGUUCCUCAAACACAAAUCUCUGCAUCGGUUUCACGAACAUCAGUCUGACUCCUCCGUUUAAAGCCUCACUGAUGGAUUCAGUUGGAUUUGUGUGGAGGAUUCUGAAACCUGAUGGUUUACUCUCCACUCGACUGAACAACUGUUUGCUGACUGGCUUAUACACACUGACCGGUAACUCACUGAUUGGGCAGUUUUGAAGAACGUCAUCCUGCAUCAUCCGACGUGGGGAAAAUUCUGGUAAUUGACAGCUGAUCAUUGCUGCACUUCAGUGCUUCUCAUAAUAACUUAUGAGGAGCAUUAUUAGUAUCGACCGCAUGUUAUGAAACAGGUAGAGAGGAUGAGCAGCAGUAUUACAGUGGGCGCAUGUUUACUCACCCAGACUUAAUGAACUGCCGCUACUCAUGCGCAUGUGUGUCA